AAUACACUCCAUAGUAUUCCCACGAAAAUGGACUAGAUCGUGUGAUAAACUAUACGAGCUUUUGUAAGGAUACGAAGUUGAGGUGAUUUUAUCUCUUAUAAAAUUGGCAAACAAUAUUUAUAGUGUGAUAGCAAUUAAAAUGAUUUGUGAGAAAGUGUUUUUCGCGUAAAUAGGUAGCAGUGGCGGCGGUUCGUCUACGUCAUGACACACGGUUGCAGCAACUUUAAUUAUACUACUGGCACAACAUAAUGAAGUUUAAUCAUUUUCGAAUUGAAGGAAAUACCUAUUUGAAAGGCAAUUACAAGGGUGUAGGAGAAAGUACUUCAGCAUGCCACCUAAAACUCGUACGGGCUUGGUAGGCGCGCUGCACACUAUUGCGCGGCCGCUUCUGUGACUAGCAAGGUUCCGAGUGCACGGCACGGGCGGCGGAUUAGGCGUGGGGCGCGUCGUGUGGCGGCGGCGCGGGCGCGGGCGGCGCCAUGAAGCGGCGCCCGCCACCAUGACGUUGCCGCCGCCCGCGCGCCCCGCGCACUACCCCGCCGCACACCGCGCAAUGCGCUAUUACCGCAUCUGGAUAUACGCGUGCAACGGGGCUCUGCUGCUUGGUGCGCUCGCUUUCUGCGCGGCAGCAGGCCGCGCUCUAGCAGACUACAGACGCGGGCUCGUGCCAGGCCUAGGCGCCGCGCAGCCCGGAUUUCUUUACGGUUACGCAGCAUUGCCUGUGCAGGCGGGGCUGCUUCAACUAUUAGGCUGCCUAGCAGCUUUACGACUCUCGGAACGCAUGCUUAACGCCUAUUGGCUCGCAUUGCUUGCUCUACUCGUCGGUGACGCUGCAAUUGGGGUUUACUGGGUCUUCCGAUUUGAACGUGUGUGUCGAGAGUUACGGCCACAAUUGCGCAUAAGAUUAGCAAAAGAUUACGACACAGACGUGGAUUUUUCUGAAGCCUGGGACCGUUUACAAAGAGAACAGAGCUGUUGUGGGGUGACAGGGCCAUCUGAUUUUGCAGCAUUAAAUCGUACAAUUCUACCUCCAAGUUGCUGUCGAAUACCAGCUCAUACACCUGCUGUCACACCCAUUUCGUUUUCGACAACAGCUACAGCUCCCGUUUCGUUUACUCCAGUUCAUUGUAUACCACACACAGCUGCUUGUGCGGAACGAUUACUUACUUGGCUAAGAAAAACUGCGGAUGCUCUAUUUGUAUUAGGUUAUUGUGUGAUAGCAUUUCUUAAAUUUUGUUUUCUUGGAAUCCUUAGAUGUGAAAUCAAAGAAAUGAUUCAAAAAAUAAGAAUACUACGCAGCGAGCUGGGGGCUGGGGAGCUGCUUGACGGAAGUCCUCUCCAUGGUGGACCCUUGUCACAAACGAUAGUAGUAAAUGCUGUAAACGCAAACGGAGGCGUCCGCACACAUGGAGGCAGUCCAGAAAGAGCAAGCGAACGAGAAGCACUUCUCGGGAGACCUUCAGAGCCUUGUUCGAGACGCAGUGUACACGAAGAUUCAUUAGGACCUAAAACCGUUAAUGGUAAUAAUAAUUGCGAAAUGCGGGAAUUGGCACGAGGUGAUUACAGGCCCCUAGCGACAGACAGCGCAGCAACUAGAAUCUGACUAAGAUGUUACUUGGAGCGGUUGUUUGGACGGCGGUGGCGUUCAUUCCCGGCCGCUGGCUUCGAGGCGGAGCCCCCAAUGAUGCACAGCAUGCCUGUGUGCGUGCGUCGGUCGGGGGCCCGCGUGCGCCUCGACCACCGCCGCCACACGCGCUCCGAAUUCGAACUUUAAACUUGGCGUGCCGGGCCAGUAGCUCACUGAAGAUUCAAUAGUAUUGCAGUUCGAUUAGUAUCAAAUUUGUCGUGAUUUUGUGUAUUUUCAAGUUCAUAUUAGUGAAAUGCAAACUGUUUCGGGAAGGUUUUUGAUGUUGUAGUGUUAUUAAGAACAUUCUUGAUUUGGACUAUUAUGUUAGAAGUGUCACGAGUAAAAUGGUUUUACUCGACGAGCAAAGCUUGUGUUUAGUUCCUAAUGCAUGGCAGUUAAAGUAUUUCUCGCGUAAGAUUAGACGGUUAUUCAAUCAGUGAAGUACUAUUUAAAUUAUUGAGUGUGUAAAUACUCAGUGUUUGUGUGGGACCGCUUGGAGAUAUGUACUAAAGGACAUACUGUACAGUGUACAGCGUUAUCAAGAGCAAAUAAAAAGUGUAAAAAAUAGGUUCAGUAAUUAAAUAUUUUUAUAUUUCGCUUAGAUAUAGGUUUUGGCUUAUAUUGCAUUCCAUUAAAUUGUUUCAAUUAAUACGCUAAAAUGUUUUUAAAUUCGUCUUAUUAAAUCUUUAGCGCUGUAAUAAAAUUUUAUGAUUUGUAUAUAAUUCCCAGCUGGAAAUAAGGGUAACAUUUUUAAUUCAUUAAAUUGAUGUAAUUCCAAUGAACUUGUGAUGCAAUUUAUUCUCGAUUCGAUUACAGAGAGAUAAACAUUAUUGUUACAAUUAAUCUUUCAGACCUAUAAAGCUUUCUUUGUACCUGGUAAAUAUGUCCUAGUUUGCUUUCCCUUUUGAGAUUUAUUAUGUAUUUUCAUGGCAGAGACAGGCUGAACUGCGCAGCCUGCAACCUUAUCAAAUUUUAACAUUUGGAAGUAAAUAAACGUUUGGAUUGAAACAUUCUCGAACAGGCAGAAUUUAUUAUUAAGUACAACAUUUCUAUUUCAAUGUUAAAUGUCGUUUUUAAAUAGAGCGGAUCUUCAGUGGCUUCACAUAUAAAUGUUGAAUGUAAAUAAUAGAUUUAUAAUGUAUGUAACAUUAGUAGAAGAGUACAUUGCAUGGACAGAUUGACAAAAUAGUACUGAUAUGAGCUUAUACGACGUAGUGCCUACGAUUAUAAAUGCUUAAACAAUAAAAAGCAACAUUUACUGAGUCUUUUAUUUAUGGCAAAUGAACUUUCGUACAAUAUUUAAUAUCAUACAGUUGUUAGAAGAGUUUACAUAAUUUAUUCUGUAUAAUGAGCUGAUGUCUUCAGAUUGAUUGUACAGUCGAUGGAACUAUAGAUGGCUGUGUCAAAGAGGUGUAACCUUUGAGAAAAAUAUUGAAUAAAUAAUUAUAAAUGUAUCCCUUAGAUGUUAGAGUCACGAGUUACAGGCCGUGGGGAUGAAAAUAAAAUAUGAUCUUAUUGUUACGCGUGAUUAACUAAACAAUAUUGGACUAUGUUAUAAUCGAAACUAAGAUUUUAUAAGGAACCAAAUAACAGUUUACAUGUUCAUAGUACCAGAAGCUCAUCAACAUAGCAUUUAGUACUGUCGCCUCCAUUAAAAUUAUACCUUAUAUAAUAAAUUAUAACCAAUGACGGGGGUGCGCCUCAUUAAUCGAUAUUAAUGAAUUGUUUUCUUUUGAUUCUUUAUCUUUUAAUUUUCUAUUUCUCUUGCAUGAUGGAAAAUUAUUCUUUGUUUGACGUUUUCGAUCGAGACAGAAAGGCGUGGCCUCGUACAUUUGCUACCCAACUAAAAUACAUGUUUGUACUAAUAUUACUGUACUGUAACUUUUUAGACAUAUUGUAACGAUAAUGAAUUACUAAUUAUUAUGUUUGCUUAGAGUAGGUAUUAAUUCUGAUUUUAUGCAGAUAAAUAGUUUUUUAAUAUUGUUGUCACUGAAUGUACCAAUCUUAUUAAAUUUGUACCUAUAUUCGGAAAGUUGAAUAAUUUGUAGUUAGGAUCAAAUCUACAUCCUGCAACCCUUCCAAAACGAUAAAUUAACAUGUGCCUUGGCUUCUGAAAUGUUAUGUUUUAAUUAUAAUAUAAAUAAUGUAAAACAAAAUUAUUAAAACAAAAGUUAUCCUCGUCUCUGACGUGCUGCCUUAUCUCUUUUAAGUUGUUCUUAUAAGCUACUUACUAGUGAUUCAGUUUGCAUUACGAAUUAAAUUGAAUAUUAUCAUUUAAAGGACGUUGAUUUGUAUAAGGAAUUUAUCACUAAUCGACAUGUAAAACAGGUAUUCAAAAUAUUUAUUUUAUAUUUAUGUGCUAUGAACACGAUAAAAUUACAGUGUAAUAACUUUACCGUAAAUUAAAAGUUUAAAACGCAAUGCUUACUAUAGGAUUGAAAGAUUUGAACACAUUAAUUUCUGUAUGAUUCUAUUGUUGCUGAAAAAUAUGUUGUGUCCUAAAUAGUGUUACAAUCUGUGGAUGUUUUUUCAACAUGUAGGCGACUAGGCGAUAGUGCUUUAAAAAGUUAUUUUGCUUUAUUUCGAUUUAACGACUGCAGUUACUUUUGAUCAUUUUUAAAUAUGUACAGUUUACAUAAUAACUUAUAUCAUGUAUACUAUAUUGUCAAUGGCAAACAAAUGAUUAUAAUUUUCAUAUCAGCUGUAUUUUCAUACUAUGUAAUAAUUUAAGUAGUUUCAUUUUAAUGUGUGUUAAUAUAUUCUUGAUGUAGAGUUGUUGCAACUUUCCGAAGGUACGCACUAGGCGACUGAGAGCUAAUAUUAUCAUACUAAAUGCAUAAAUUAAAAUUUGUUAAAAAUG